CGGGGAUACACGACGACAACACGAGGAGAGACUGCGGCAGCGGAGUGCAGAGAGCGGACGCAACGCAACACCGCCCACUCUCUGUCACUGACGAUCGAAGUGAGGAGCGCACUGAAGCCAGCCGCCGAUGAGUCGCCUCCUCUCGCGGCAGCACCUUGCCGCCGUCCGUCGAUCUGCACCCUUUGCGUGCGUGUCCAGGUGGCUGCACACGCCGUCAUUCGCGACGGUUUCUCCGCAAGAGGUUUCAGGUUCCAGCCCAGCGGAAGUGCAGAAUUUUGGGCAGCUGGACAGCAUCUGCUAACUGGAACUGGAUAGUCGAUCCCCUGAACGGUGAUAAAUUCAUCAAAGUUGCUGAGGUUCAGGGAACAGAAAUAAAGCCAUUCGUGGAGAGUUUAUCUAAAUGCCCAAAGCAUGGACUUCACAACCCACUUAAAGCUCCAGAGAGCUCUAAUGUGCAGGUACCUCAUGUAUGGAGAUAUAUCUGCAAAAGCUGCGCAUAUGCUGGGCCAACCUGCAGUCUUAGAUUUCUUUGCUAAACUUAUCCAGAGGGUAUCUCCCAAGAGCUACCAACAAGCUCUUGCAGAAGUUCAAGUUUCUCAAAAGUUUUUGGAAAACUUUUGUGGAGACCAGGUACGCUUUCUGGCAAGGUCAUUUGCUGUACCAGGUAACCAUCUUGGACAAAGAAGUAAUGGCUACCGUUGGCCAUAUGGCCCAGUUGCAAUUAUCACACCAUUCAAUUUUCCGUUGGAGAUCCCCUUACUACAAUUGAUGGGAGCACUAUACAUGGGAAAUAAACCAGUACUCAAGGUUGACAGCAAGGUUAGCAUUGUGAUGGAACAAAUGAUUAGGUUGCUUCAUGAUUGUGGAUUGCCAGCAGAGGAUAUGGAUUUCAUAAAUUCUGAUGGUGCCGUAAUGAACAAGCUUCUGUUAGAGGCUAAUCCGAAAAUGACCCUUUUCACUGGGAGUUCACGGGUAGCAGAGAAAUUGGCUGCUGAUUUGAAAGGCCGAGUUAAAUUGGAGGAUGCUGGUUUUGAUUGGAAAAUUCUUGGUCCAGAUGUUCAAGAGGUUGAUUAUGUUGCAUGGGUUUGCGAUCAGGAUGCUUAUGCUUGUAGCGGUCAGAAAUGCUCUGCUCAGUCUGUUCUAUUCAUGCACAAGAAUUGGUCUUCUAGUGGUCUGCUUGAGAAAAUGAAGAAACUUUCUGAAAGAAGGAAGCUUGAAGAUUUAACAAUUGGUCCAGUCCUUACAGUAAGUCAGGGGCGGAGCCAGCCCUUUUUUGGGGGUCAGCUGACCCCGGUUACUACAGAAGCCAUGAUAGAGCACAUGAACAACCUUCUCAAAAUAAGAGGAUCAAAGGUUCUGUUUGGUGGUGAACCGUUAGCGAAUCACUCAAUUCCCAAAAUUUAUGGUGCCAUGAAGCCUACUGCUGUAUUUGUUCCUCUAGAAGAAAUUCUAAAAAGUGGGAACUUCGAGCUUGUGACAAAGGAGAUAUUUGGUCCAUUCCAGGUAGUCACAGAAUACUCUGAGGAUCAGCUUGAGUUGGUCUUAGAAGCCUGCGAAAGGAUGAAUGCGCAUCUGACAGCUGCAGUUGUCUCAAACGACCCGCUAUUCCUGCAGGAUGUACUUGGGAGAUCCGUUAACGGGACAACCUACGCCGGAAUUCGAGCGAGGACCACGGGCGCUCCACAGAACCACUGGUUUGGCCCGGCCGGUGAUCCGCGAGGCGCAGGGAUCGGGACUCCGGAAGCCAUCAAACUUGUCUGGUCCUGCCACAGGGAAGUCAUAUAUGACGUCGGGCCCGUGCCCGAGAGCUGGGCGCUUCCUUCCGCGACCUGAUUAGCUAGACGAGGAUAGACUAUUCCAUGUCAUCACGAGAAAUAAAAGGGGAAGAUAAGCGAAGCCAGCAGGACUGGAGCGACCGACCGAGAGCGAGUGGCUGCAUGCCUAGGCAUUCAUUCUCUGCACGCAACUGCACUUUCAACCCUGGAGAAAACAUAAUAAAUGCUCGUUCCCCUGUACUUGAGAUACAUGGUACUUGGACCGGAACGUCGGACAACUCGUCUGUUCGCAGCUGCACUGGGUUAUCUUCUUAGGCCUUAUUUGUUUAUUAUAUAUUCUAACAAAUUUUAUAUUAACACUUA